AGCUCACUUCAGUUCAUCACAUAGGCACUGUAUCAUUUCACAGAAUCACAAAACGUAGGGUGAGUACAGUAGAAUGUAUUUUGAAAGAAAGAGACUACAGUCAUUUAACAUUUAUUACAGAAUACUGUUGGAAAUCUGCUUUAUUAUUGGUUAUUGUUGUUAAUCUUUUACUGUACCUAAUUUAUAAAUUAAGCUUUAUCAUAUAUCUGUAUGUGUAGGAAAAAACAUAGUACAUAUAGAGUUUGGUACUAUCCACAGUUUCAGGUCUGGUACUAUUCAGGUUUCUGGAAUGUAGCCCCCUUCUAUAAAAGCAGGCUAAUGUAAUUCACAAUUCAUGGGCACUAUCUUCAUCCUGCCACAGAAGUAUAAAUCCCUUUUAAGAAGAUACUAUUCCUUAUACUUUUCUGAUUUCUCCCAUGGUACAAUCUAUAAAGACUGUAAGCAAUUCUGAAUAACCAGGAAGGGAAUCAGUAAUGAGAGGGAAAGAGCAUGUUUGUGGCAAGUGGAAGAGUAAACUGAGCAAUCAUUAGGAAUGCAAAUUCUGAUGCACUUUCUUCCCUGCCAAAAAAAACCUUGUGAUGUAGCAGGAAGCUUUGUUAAUGGGCAGGGUAUGAACUCUGCAAAUUUUAAAUCCCCAGAGAUCCCCAGAGAGUUUAAAUCACAAGUUACACAAAGCCCUGUAACUAAUGAGAACAAAUUACAAAGUUGAGUGGAAAACUUCUCUUGCUCCCUUUGAUGAAAGGAGAGAGGAAAUCCCUCAGGUCUCCUAACCAGAAUCAAACCUCAAGAGCUGAGGAACCUCAGGCCCUGAUGAAAAUCAGACAAUCUAUAUAAAUUGGUAGAAGGAAUGACUCUAAACCAUCGUGAUUUAGUGAGUGGUGAGAACUGAUCACAGCACAUAUGGCUUAGCCACACAAUUUAUGUCAAAAAACAUCUAGAGUCAUAGAAAGCUGAAGCUUAUACCAAAUUAGGACAUUUUCCUCACUUCCCAGCUGAGGAAACUUAGAGCCAAACCGUGCAGGGACUUUCCCAAUUUCACUAAACUAGCAGUGAUAAAGUUAAGAAUCCAGACUCUUAGAGCAGUGAUUUUCAUACAAAGUCAAACUCUGUCUCUUUUGUUGGAGAACAAAGCAUGCUUCCAGCAAUGUGAAGACUAUCCUGGGAGACCAUAACUAUAACACUGAAUAGGCUUUGGAGCCCUGAUAAAAUACACAAGAUACAACCAUUCAAACAAUGAAGAUCAACCAGACAAUCCUGCAGGAAUUCAUUCUUGUUGGCUUUUCUGUUUACCCACAUGUACAGACAUUCCUCUUUGUGGUCUUCUUUUGCCUCUACCUUCUCACUCUCACAGGUAACCUGGCCAUCAUAGGUCUUACUUGGUUGGACAGAGCUCUCCACAGCCCCAUGUACCUCUUCCUCAGUGCACUCUCCUUCUCUGAGACCUGCUACACACUGACCAUCAUCCCCAAGAUGCUGGCAGAUCUUCUGGCCAAAAGUAGAAGCAUUUCAGUCAUAGGUUGUGGCUUGCAGAUGUGUUUCUUCUUGGGACUUGGUGGCACUAAUUGUAUCAUCCUUACAUUGAUGGGCUAUGAUCGCUUCUUGGCCAUCUGCAACCCUCUCAGAUAUCCACUGCUUAUGACCAACAUGGCAUGUGGACAAUUGGUGGCCUCUGCUUGGGCUGGAGGCUUCUUUAUAUCUCUGAUAGAGACUGCGCUGAUAUUCAAGGGCUCUUUCUGCAGCCCCAACCUUGUCAAACACUUUUUCUGUCAUAUGCGGGCAGUUGUGAGGCUGAAUUGUCUAGACAGUGACCUCACAGAAUUUAUUGUAACUGUGAUCUCAGUGUCAGGCUUGCUGGGCACAUUCCUGCUCAUCAUCCUAACUUAUGUUUUCAUCCUUUCCACUGUCCUCAGGAUCCCUUCAGCUGAGGGCAAGCAGAAGGCAUUUUCCACCUGUGCCUCCCACAUCACAGUGGUCAUCAUCCACUUUGGCUUUGCAUCUAUUGUUUAUCUGAAGCCUGAAGCCUCAGGGGGAGAUGACACACUGAUAGCAGUUCCUUACACUGUCAUUACCCCUUUCCUCAGCCCCCUCAUUUUCAGCCUCAGGAAUAAGAACGUGAAGACUGCUUUUGGAAAGGUGCUUGGAAAGGCAAGAUACUUGUAUAAAUAGUUUUGGAUUAUUGCUUCAUGAUUGAACGUCGCCAGAAGUCAUUUAGGCAUCUACCCCGUAACAGCUAGAGAAGCCUGUAACAUUUGUCUUUUUCCAUAGUUUGGCAGAUGGAUAUCAAGUGACUGAGUCUGGGUCCUAAGACAUCACAAUCAUUUAAUCAGCUUGUUAGGGAAGUUGUCCAAUUCUUCUACUUCUACUGUCCAACGCUAUCUACUUUUAUUACUGCUAUCAAUCAUCCAAUCACUUCUAUUUCUGCUAUCUGGCUCUGCAGGUGCUAGGCUUCUGCCAGUCAACUUCUAGGUGUCCUACACCAUUGAUGGAGUAGGAAAUGAAAUAUUGUGGAAGCAAAAAACAUCACCUGUCACCUCUACACUAAAAGAUGUUUUCAAACAUUUAAAGAUGUAAAGGCUCAGAAACUUUUCUAGGCAGCAUUGUGAGGGACCGGGUUGCAUCUCCCAGGAAACAAAUCAUUUCUAGGAGGAGAUAAACUAUGUAGAAACCACCCACUGUCUACUUGCAUAUAUCUGGAUUGAUAUCUAUAUUUGUUAUGUGCCCAUGCCGUACUGAUACUAAUACUGUUCAUGACAGUGUCCUUCCAGUGACUAUCAGAUGAUAAGUUCUGUAUAUACAGGAUAUCUUGGAAUAUUGACUCAAACAACUAACGAGAAUAGUAAAGCCUACAUAUUCUAUGGGGGGAUCUAUGGGCGAGGGCUGGAAAUAAUCUCCAUUUUCUUUAAAGAUAUUCAAAAACAAAUGUUUUUUAAAAAUCAAGCUAUGUCAUGAUAUUGAGAGUUUGGCAAACAAAGGCAUUUUGGAAUCAUUUUGACAAACAUACAACGUGUAAUAAAGGAAAUCAGAUCAACACAGCAUUCACCUUUAUACCAUCAGGAAGAAAAUUAGAAGAACAG